AUGUCAGCGGAGUGGCGACAAAAGGAGUUUCAAAAGCCUUGGAAUCCAAAGAUGUCAGCGGAGUGGCGACAAAAGGAGCUUUGGAAACCCAAUAUUCCCAAGAGGUGCUCCAAGGAGAGCCUGGCCGCGCAGUGCUCACCUUUGCCCCCGGUGGCCGGCACCAUUCGCUUAGCUUUGAGUCAGGCUGGCGAGAUUGACGCGGACUUUGCCAACUUUGUCGAGGAAAAACCUGAGGAUACCCACACCGGCUUACUCUGGUGCCCAAAGUGUCCCUGGAACGAGUCGUUCCACGCAUCAGAUCGAUGGGAGUGGAAGCAGGGCCACGGAAAGCCAUACCAGGUGUGGAUUCAAAAAAUGGUUUCCAAGGACAAGUGCAUCAAAGGUGCCAUGGGCAUGUUCGACCACAAGAAGGUCGUUUGCAGCCACCAUUUGGAGGGCAAGUGCGUCAAAGCAGCUGCUGACAAGUGCAAGUUCGAGCACCCCAGUAAGCAGAAGGUCGUCAAGGCUCUUGCAGAGCUGAUCCGUCGAGGGCGCCAGGGUGAAGAUCUUCCAAGCUCCGCAGCGUCGGAAAUGGGAUAUGGUGGAUACGAGGACUUGACGGAGCUCGAUUGCGUGAAGUUUCAGGUGGCCGGCAUUCCGACACAUUGGAAGGCCUUCUACAUCUUCUUUGUCCUGCUGCCGAAGUUUGCUCUUUGGCUGGCUGUCGCAAAGUCGGGAGUGCACUACUUGAUGGAAACUGCUGGAAUUGUGGAUUUGAUCGUGAAUUCCAUGGCGUUGACCUUUGUCUUGGAAGUGGAUGAGAUGGUCUUCCACCGCUUCACCACUGCCCUGACCAAGCACAUCAUGAACAACAUCGAGGAUCUCCCCAACUUUGACACUACUAGGGAGGAGACUGAGACAGAUCAGCAGGCUCUCGAGAGAUUCAAAGCUGAAGAGUUGGGAAAUGCCAGAUGGGCCAAGUUGCGUCUCUGCCUUCCCUGGCGAUUUCUGAUCGUUCUGCUCCUUGAGGCACUCUUCGUAUUCCACUACUACCACGUGAAUUGCGUAAAGCUUGAGGACGGCAGCUGGGUCUCCAAGGAGCUCCGAUUGCCAAAGGACUUGGCAUAUCGACCUGUGGAGCUGAUGUUCGGACUCUUGUCCACCGAUGGAGACCCUGUCUGGUCCAUGCCACCGAGUGAGUGA